CCGCCCCUCCGUCCCGGCUAUAACUCCCCGGAGCGCCAGGCGGCCGCCGGCGGGCGGAGACGCGCGCCUGGCCGUGGACAUGGACCUCGCGCGCCUGUGGCUGGGGCUUUUGCUGCCCGUGGUGGCCGCCCUGGAUUUCCGAUACCACCACCAGGAAGAGAUGGAGGCGUUCCUCAAGAGCGUUGCUCGGAACUACAGUUCGAUCACAUACUUGCACAGCAUCGGGAAGUCUGUGAGAGGCAGAAACCUGUGGGUUCUCGUUGUGGGGCGGUCUCCAAAGGAACACAGAGUUGGGAUUCCAGAAUUCAAGUACGUGGCAAACAUGCAUGGAGAUGAGACGGUGGGCCGAGAACUGCUGCUCCACCUCAUUGACUAUCUGGUAACCAGUCACGGGAAAGACGCUGACAUCACAUAUCUGAUCAACAGCACCCGGAUCCACAUCAUGCCUUCCAUGAACCCGGAUGGAUUUGAAGCCGUCCAGAAGCCCGACUGUUAUUACAGUAAUGGAAGGGAAAACUACAACAAUUACGACCUGAACAGGAACUUCCCUGAUGCCUUUGAAAAUAAUAAUGUAACCAAGCAGCCUGAGACUUUGGCAGUCAUGAAGUGGCUGAAGACAGAGACAUUUGUCCUCUCCGCGAACCUCCACGGGGGUGCCCUGGUGGCCAGUUACCCCUUUGAUAAUGGCGUGCAAGCCACGGGGACACUGUUGUCCCGAAGCUUGACUCCAGAUGAUGACGUCUUUCAGCACCUUGCCUAUACCUAUGCGUCUCAGAAUCCCAACAUGACGAAAGGAGAUCAGUGUAAAAACAAAAGGAACUUCCCCGACGGCAUUAUCAAUGGCUAUUCCUGGUACCCGCUGCAGGGUGGAAUGCAAGAUUACAACUACAUCUGGGCCCAGUGUUUUGAGAUCACGCUGGAGCUGUCAUGCUGCAAAUAUCCUCGGGAGGAGAAGCUGCCUCUCUUCUGGAAUGAUAACAGGGCCUCUUUGAUCGAGUACAUAAAACAGGUGCACCUAGGUGUAAAGGGUCAAGUGUUUGAUCAGAGUGGAAAUCCAUUACCAAAUGUAAUUGUGGAAGUCCAAGACAGAAAGCAUAUCUGCCCAUUUAGGACCAACAAACUUGGAGAGUAUUACCUACUUCUCUUGCCUGGAUCCUACUUGAUAAAUGUUACAGUGCCUGGACAUGAUCCACACCUCACAAAGCUGACUAUUCCAAGGAAAUCCCAGAGCUUCAGCGCUCUUAAAAAGGAUUUUCACCUCCCAUUGCAAGGGCAGCUGGACUCCAUCCUCGUAUCAAAUCCUUCAUGCCCGAUGAUUCCUCUGUACAAAUUUAGGCCAAGCCACUCAGCUGUAACAAAGCCUAGUUUGUUCGUGUUUUUCGUGACUCUUUUGCACAUAUUUUUCAAAUAAAGCAAGAUGUGAAACUCAACGCCCACCACCACCUGGAAUCAGGGAUUGGUUGCUCCAGGUUGUAGCAACUCUCCUCGUGAGACUGCAGCGGGAUAAAUGCCACUGUUUUCCUCCCGGGGAAAGCAGAAGGUUUCCAGGUCUGGCACAGGGCAGCCUGUGAUGACAAAAGCGGUCUUCAGCGUGGAUAAACUGGGGGUCACCGCCCAGCAAACGCUGCCCACAUGCACUCCAUCCUGAAGUAGUCCCAGGCAUUUGUAAGAAACUUGAGAAGCAAAAAAGACAUCGCUACAAGAAAAAAAAAAAUUAUAGAGUCAAAUGGAUCAAAGCAGCAGUGAUGGACACUUCUGACCGCUUGCUAUGUAUGACCUUGCCCUGAGUGCUAGUUGUAAAGAGCUACUACUGCGUUUAAGUGGUUCUCCCCAAAGGAAGACGUUUCUAGAUGAGCAGGACUAAGACCAUUUACUCUUGCCAAUGUUCUGAGGAUGGAUGAGAGGAAGCGGGCAGAUGAUGUGUCUGAUGUGUCUACAGAGCCCAACAGACUUGUCUCCCUGCUUCUGAAGCCACAGUCCUCUUAAGAUGACCCCUCACAUGUAAUCCUAGGCUCUUGCCCAACCUCAGAGGCAUGUUCAGCUGCCCACUGGCCACACCCACCUGAAGAAGACCCAAAUGAGCUUCACCUCGUCCUGUUGACAGUGGAGAUGCCGUGCAAGGCUGUCCCUGCUUCGUGAGUCCUCACUGACCAUCUAUUUGGCACAGCCAGUCAGUCACUGCAAGCUGCUGUAUUGAUCCUUCCCAUCCUCUCCUGCUGGUUAGCUGACCUAGCUCUUGCUCAAGGGUCCAUCUUCCACAGGGCACCUGAGGAGUUGGGCUUCCUAAAAGCCCUUCUGUCCCCUAAACACAACAACCUCGCAACCCCAGGUCUAGGUGUCAUUCUGUUUGUGCCCGACCUGUUUCCCACUCAGCAAAACUCCGCUUUAAGAGUCAUCUUCAGCCAGGAAGCCUUGCUCUUCCCAUUCUAUGGAGUUCCAGGCAACCAGCCCUCCUGGAUCCUUCGUCUUGAUUAGAGAGUUUACAGCACGGUGGUGCCAUCUGCUUCCUGCUGGCCUUCUCUAGCACAGUGUGGGCUCUUCCAGGCCAGCAUCUGCUCAUCGGGAAAGUUCACUUCUGUAUCCCCUGAGCCUAGCACAAAUAGGAAAUAAAUGAGUCUGGGAGCUGUUUCAGCAACUUGCUAUAGACCCUUCCAGAAUGGUAGGGAUUUGGGCAACUUUGUGAAGUUUUAUGUUUGGCAACAUACAGCUCACUAGUGUACACACACACACACACAGAGAGAGAGAGGAGAGAGACUUUCCAUGUGUACAUCAAGGAAAAAAAUUCAAAGAUAAAUGCAAGUGAAGGAACGCACUGUAAUGCUGGUGGGAAAGGCAUUUGCUAGCUGUUAACCAUGCUACACGCUUCUAGAUCAGAAAAAAAAAAUUCUUAUGAUCAGUUUGAAGUAGAAAUGCACCCUGUCAAAGAAAUCUACCCUAGCACAUUGUAAGAAGUAACAGAAAGACAGUGUGAUGGGACAAACCAGCACUCAGGAGGCAGAGACAGGUGGAUCUCUGGGUUCUGACCAGCUGGGCUACACAGCGAGACCCUGUCUCAAAAGAUAAAUAAGGAUAAAGAUCAAACAGGAAGCUCAGUAGCACCCCUGUGUGCAGGUCCCUGAGGGCUGUACAUCUUCCAUGGUUAGUGAGUCACAUGCUUUUUCAGUCAUAAGCCCUGCGUGGCUGUGAGAUAUGCAGGGCGUGGCGCACGGAGAAGGCUUGAGGCUCAAAAGGACAUAAAUGGGCAUCCCGGUGCCCUCUUUUCGUGCCAAAUGUAUUCUUUUAAUAUCAAUAGCAUUUGUAGUUUUUAACCACUUGUAAAUUUGAAAGUAGUAUGGACAGCUUGAUCAUUUUAUUUAAAUAAGUAUUAACUUAUAUCCUGGUAAGCAUGUAUUAAUAGUUCAGAAAGUGAUCUGGGUAUAUGACAUUUAAAGUACAUAGGCCUAAGCCAGGUGGCUAAGUGACUUUAUCCCAGCUCUUGGGAAGCUGAGGCAAGAAGAUCCACACAAGUACAAGGCCAGCCUGGGCUACAAGUGAGACCCAUCUUAAAAAAAAUAAAAGCAAUAAAGAACACCCAUCGGCUGGGUGUUCUCGGUUCUGACUUACCCUUUUCCCCGGGUGGUUUUUAAAGGAAAUGAGCUGUUUUCUGAAUUGGCUCGUGGGCCUAACACAAAACUUGUUACUGAAAUAACUUGCACGUGGAUGCGUCUUACUCGAGACCGUCCCAGCACUUAGCACACACUGAGAAAGUGCUCUGCCAUUGAGCCACAGCUACUUCGUUUUGACACAGGGUCUCACUAAACUGUAUAUGUAGGCUGGUCUUGGAGCUCAUCAUCAUCCAGGCUGGCUUGGAAUCUGCCUGCAUUUGCCUCCGGAGUAGCUAUGCAGGCCUGGACCACUGUAUCUAUCUUAAGGUAACACUACAAAAAUUAGAAAUCUUUAUCAAACCCAAUGUAAAAUCCCUUAAACAGGGCGAGAGGGUGUAGCUCGGGUGAUAGCGUGCUUAGCAUACACAAAGACUGUGUUCAGUCUCCACUAACUCCCCCCAACCCCAACACAAAACACGACCAUGAAAUUAUUCUAUGGUCCAUGUCCUCAAGUAACACCUGUCCCUGAUGCCUGCUAACCUAGUGGAGAGGCUUUGAUGUUCUAAAUCCUGCAGGAGUAGAAUGAAUACUUGUGGUCCUGACUGUUGGACACAUGGUAGAUGCCAUUUUUUGAUACUCCUCCAGGUAGAGAAAGCACAACUGACAUUUGGGUGACGCAGUCAACUAUUUUGAAGACCGCACACCUUAUUAAAGGGGACCUGAAAAUGAAAUACUGGCUAGCAAGAUUCAUGUCAUUUUCAAGGAGACUUGAACAAAAUGACAUAGCUUAACCUGUGUGCCGGUUUGAACUGAGAUGGGUAAAAGCCCAAUGCUAGGAAGGCAGAGGCAGGGGGAUCUCUCAAGUUCAAGGCCAGCCUGGUCAUACCUCCGGGACAGUCAAAGCUCCAUAAUAGAGACUGUCUCAAAGAACCAAGAUAAAUAAACAAACAGUGGGGGAUGUUUAGAGAAACGCUAAGUCACUGCAGGUCCAGGCAGCUUUGACUUUGGUGCUUUCCUUUCCAUUUCAUCUGCUGCACAGGUCAGAAAUGUUUAGCCUCCUCUACUCACUUCUCAAAGUCUUUAAAGAACCAAAUUUCUACUUGUAAUUUGUCUCUAAAAAUGGUGUGUGCUGCAGGGAAUGGUGGCACGUGGGAAGCAGAAGCAGGCAAAUCUCUCAUUUGCCAGCCUGGUCUACAGAGUGACAGCCAAGAUGACAUAGAGAAACAAUGUCUCAAACAAACAAAAAACUUUCUCAGUCUGACUGUAACAUUUGCUUGGGGCCAUGACUACCUCUGGGCUUAUUAAAUUUACAUUUUCUGAUUACCAAUAAAGGACAUUCAUAUAGUGAA